AUGGACGGUGGCGCGAAACAAGAUGAGAUGACGAAUAACAUCAGGCUAGAGAUUAAAACUCGGUCUAGGCGCAGUAACCCACGACAAAUCAACCGCGCGGAAUACAAGACCACGUCGACCAGUGAUGUAAGCGACUUCAGGUCUCUGGAUACCACCAGUGGUCUCGGAGAUAAUAUUGUCGAGCCCUCAGAUCCCGCAGACUCGGCCAUAUCUACUAUAGAAUGGUUCCCAUCCCCUGAGAGUGGGUCAGUUGGAAGUCUUUCAUCCACCCAGGUCGAGUCUCAGGCUGGUCAUACACCUUACUUGGAUCCGAUCCUCACUACAUUCUACCUCGAUCAUGUGUUCUGUUAUCUCUAUCCUUUUUACCAACCUUCAAGUCGUCGAGGCGGUAGAUCGUGGAUCCUUGAGCUAUUGAUGACUAGCUCCGCUUUCCAACAGAUCGUUCUGAGUUACAGCACUUACUACUAUGAUCUUACCACGCCUCCUGGAUCACCUCAGAAUGGAAGAACGCAAGUAGACAGGCUGCUUCAGGCUGAGAGCUCCUUCAAAAGUUUGAUUCAGUCUUUACAGAUGCUUCUUAGUGUAGGCAGUCUAGACGGCCAUACUCAUUGCGCCUGUCGGGUUUUGACGAGCAUCGUACAGCACCAUCGGUAUGAGAUCACUACGGCCAAUUCCAAUUGGAAAAUUCAUUUCAACGCUGCUUUAACUCUUUUCACACGACUGCUAGACAAAUACUCAAACACAGUCGAGAGUCUUCACCAUUCCUCUGCUAGGGCCGGCUUCAAUGCUAUUGUCCAAGACUUGAAUGCCCCUAGGCAGGAGGCAUUUGUUUUCUCCGUGGGCAUUAUGGUAUUUGAUGACAUUAUUGCAGCUGCUUCCUCGUAUCAAGAACCCCAGCUUUUUCAGUAUCAUCAACAGUUGCUUGGAGGGGAUGAACCCGCGCUUGAGUUAGAGGUCAUCAUUGGGGUGAAGAGCUGCAUUCUUAGACUUCUUGGUCAAGUUGCCUCGCUGAAUGCAAAAAAGCAGCAGGACCAGGCAGCAGGAAACUUGGAUGGGUUGGAACUAGCCCGACGCGCUUCCACAAUUAUGGAAUCCUUGACCGCCAAUCUCGAGCAACUUCAGGCAGCCUCUUCGCUCUCCUCGAACCCUCAGUCUGUGGAACGAGACUAUUUAGACGAGCUUCGCACACCCUAUUAUUCCCGUGGCACAGCCCAUGACACUGGACUGGUUUCGCAAGUCUGGGCUCAUGCAACUAUGGUCUAUUUGAUCACAGUUGUGUCCGGAUGGCAGCCAGCCAACGCCAUACUGAGACAUCACGUUGACCAAAUAGUUCAGGUAUUGAAGGGACAGAUCCCUAUUCCAUUGAUACGCACAAUGGUUUGGCCCUUGUGUGUCGCGGGCUGUCUUGCUGAUCCACCACAGAGGCGUUUGCUUCUUGGCGUUCUAGGCACGCUCCAGCCCAUUACAUUAUUUCCCAAUGUUCAUAAGGCAGUCAGGAUUAUGGAGCGGACGUGGCAGAAAGGUGGUAGUGUCCAGAGUGGCAAUCAGCUUGUAACUAAUUAUAUGGAUCUUGCGUCUUGUUUUCAGACCCAGAGCGAGUUACCAUUACUUAUAUAA